AUGGCGAAAGCAAAGGCAGCGCCGAAGAAAAGUGUGAAGAAAGUUGAAAAGUCACCGAGUCCCGAAGAUUCGGGAAUUCGUAGAUCAGGAAGACAGAGAAUUGAAAUGGGAAAAUAUGAAGAAGGAUUCGAUCGCCAUGAGCUCGAAAUGGUUCUCCGCGCUUCUCUUAAUGAGGCGAAUCAGCAAGGAAUCAAAGUCCCUUCUACUUCAUCCACUGCCUCGGCUUCAGCUCCAGCUCCUGUCAAGAAAGAGAUUAAGCCGAAGAACAAGCCGGCACCAGUCCCAGUUGUCGAAAAGAAGAGAACAAUCCCAUCGAAAAAGGAACGUGAUGCCGAGAGAAAGGCUCUUGCAGCAGCUGCCGCAGCUGCAGCAACUCUUACUUCAAUGAAGAAAGCUCCGAUCAAGAAAUCGGUUCCGUCAACCUCUUCAGAAGCCGAUUCGACUACUCCAAAGAAGAAGGGAUCUGCUGUUAAGGCAAAGAAAGUCACAAUCAAGACUCCAUCCUCUGAACCAGCAGAACUCACUUCUUCGGCUGCUCCGGUUCCAGUAGCUGUUCCAGAAGUUCCAACUGCUGAGGCAACUACAUCUGCAACCACUACACCAACUACCACGAAUGCUACAAUUGUGAAGAAGGAAGAGACUAAGGCUGAACAGCCAGUUAAGAAGGUUGUCAAGAAGAAGGCUAUCUCGAAGAAACCACCAACUACCACAAAUGUCACCUCCACAUCUGAUUCAUCCGCCGCCGCAGCAGCUGCGAAGAAAAAGAAGAAGCCAGUCGUUCCAAAACUCUCGACAAAACCAACCAAACAAUAUCUGGAGAACGAGAAGCAAAUGCGUUUGAUGGCGUGCGCAAAGACUGGCGUACUGUAAAUAAUGUUGUUAAAAUAGUUUAGCACCCAAAAAUGUACCUAUAAGGAACCAAAAUCACUUGAAAAAAGAAUUUAUUUUAUCCCAUUUUACUCAUUGAAAUUGGCGAAAAAAAAUGACCAAAUUUCUUAUUUAAAUUUAAUUUCCUUCAUUCACAAAAAUUUAUUUUUUAAUUUUUGAAAUUUCAAAUUUCUUCGUGCAUUUCUCUCUCCAUCAUUCACAUUUUCGUUUUAUUUUCUUCAAAAUGUCUUCUCCAAAUCCUUCUUCUCAUCAUGUUUCAUUGCUAUCUCAUGUGCUUUUCUCAAUUUCAUUUUACAACACUGAAAACAAAAUUACUGGAAAUUUUUUAUUGUGCCUCUUUUUUUCGCAAUUUGACCUCCCAUUACCCCUCUCAAAAAUUGUCAAACAUUGAACAUAAGAAUAAUUUGUUUUAUAACUGAAAAUAAAUGUUUUAUACAACACCUGCAUCG